AGAGGACAACAUGCUUAUAUAGAGAGAGAGUAAGCUCCGCGUUUUUUCUUUUCUUUUCUUUCUUUAAUGUGAUUUGUUGAACAACACUCGCGGGGAGUUUUCUUGCCCCAGCAGAAGGAAAUGUUCUUACACAUGAACCUUUCAGCAAGCCAGGCAGAAGGACAUGCGUGUGGAUUAGAUGCCAGGAGUUUGGCUGCCAGAGAAAGACGUUAUUGUUGUGACUUUCUCCUCCGCCCCUCGCUCGCUCCCACCCACCCCUCUCCGAGAGAAUCUCUGAGGAACGGAACCGGAGAAUACACACACGGCUUGCAGGAGGGUCAUUUGCAUCCGAACCGGACUGCAGUGAGGAGGGAGAGGAAGAGGGGGAGGAAGAGUCCUGGAGGUUAAAACACACUCAGGCAGGAGGAAGGUCAGGUGGAAACAGGUGACUGUCUAGACCAUGAAGGGGCUUGCCAGACUGAUUUUCCCACUCAUUCUUGUGCUGAUUUGUGAGGUGAAUGGACAGAGGCGCAAGCCUGGAAGAAAGCGUGCUACUCCUCCACCCUUUGAACCAGUUGAACCUACAGAAUUGCCUCCGCCUCUGCCACCUGGACCUCCCUCAGUUUUCCCAGACUGCCCUAGAGAAUGUUUCUGCCCUCCAGAUUUCCCUUCAGCCAUUUACUGUGAUAGCCGCAACCUGAGAAAAGUGCCCAUUUUCCCACCCAGGGCCCAUUAUAUCUACCUGCAGAAUAACUUCAUUGAUGAGCUUCCUGAGGAGUCCUUCAAGAAUGCCACAGAGCUGAGGUGGAUUAAUCUGGAUAACAACCGCAUCGCGAAGGUGAACAAGAAGGUGCUGGAUAGGUUAGAAAGCCUUAUGUUCCUGUACAUGGAGAAGAAUCAUCUUAGGGAAGUACCCAACAAUUUGCCUCCCAAUCUGGAACAACUUCGGCUGAGCAGGAACCGGAUCUCUAAGAUCCCUGGUGGUGUAUUCAACAACCUGAAUCACCUCAUCCUCUUAGACCUUCAUCACAAUGAGCUGAAUGAUGGAAACUUCAACAAAAAUACUUUCAAGGGGCUCAAGAACCUCAUGCAGCUCAACUUAGCUCACAACAGGCUACACAAGAUGCCACCUUCGGUUCCCAAUGCAAUCCACCAGCUCUUCCUAGACGAGAAUCAAAUCGAAGAUAUCCCCAACAACUACUUCAAAGAUUUCCCUAACUUGGCUUUUAUUAGGCUUAACUACAAUAAGCUCUCCGACAAAGGACUGCCCAAGAAUUCCUUCAACCUCACUAACUUGCUGGUGUUGCACUUGGCAUACAACAACCUCACCAACAUCCCCUACAUCAACUCCAGGCUGGAGCACCUCUACUUGAAUAACAAUUCCAUUGAAAAAAUCAACGGGACCCAGAUUUGCCCCAAUUCUAUGGUCGCUUUCCAUGAUCCGUCCUCAGAUUUUGAAAACGUGCCCCGUCUUCGCUAUCUGCGCCUGGAUGGCAACCAUCUGAAGCCACCGAUCCCCUUGGACCUGAUGAUGUGCUUCCGACUCUUGCAAUCUGUCGUGUUCUAAGCCACGCAGCAAUCGCCACUCCUCUGGGACUUUGGCUUUGCACAGUGACUUGAUUUCAGUCUAUGUUAGACAUGGGGAAUAUAUGUUAUCAUCCCUACCCUGACCUUGCUGCCCCAGUGCCUUCUCUUUACUGCUCCAUUCUGCUGCCUCCUCCUCCUUCUGUUGCAGGAAACUCUGCAGGUCUUGUUUUACACAGCAUCUUACGGAGUCUCCUAGGAGAGUUCCACAGAUUCCUCUUUGAUAUGUGUAUUAUCCACAGAAGUGCUAGAAGUCACAGUAAUACUGUCUUCUUAAAUACCAACUCCUUAAUUUGUCUCAAAAUUAGAGAAGAGAACAUACCCAGAUGCAGCAUUUGUGUUGUACUCUUGCUGUCUAACACUUCAGAUUGAGUUAUUUGCACCCACCCACCCCUAGCCAACAACAUCAAGCUUAUAAAAGAAGUUGGAUUUGUUAUUAUUAUCGAGACCAAAAAGAAGAAGAAGAGGAAGCAAUUUCAUUUAAAUAGGUAAAAUUUCAAAGUGCCAUUUGUCUAAUAAGGAUGCUGGAUCAAAAGGAAAGGGAUAUUCAAAUUUAUUCAUAAAUACCAUGGUAAUAGGAACACCAUACUGUGGCAUGUGCUAAUCAAUAGAUAAAAGUGCAUAGCUUUGUAUUCUGUGGAGCCAUGUGAAGUGCAUUGUGGGUACAAUGAAAAGUAACAAAGAACAGAUAUUCCCCCCUUUAUGCUCUUAUGGGAUGAUACGGGUGAUGGUAGCAACAUACUGUCAGUAUGUUACCUGAGUUGCCGAACAUAAUGUGAUCACCGAGAUUCGGAUGAUGGUACUUUAACAGCACCAUUUUAAAAUGAGAAUAAUUGCUUGAUUAAUUACUCAUUCUCUUCCCCACAGUAUAAUUCCACUUCAGUUCGCUACUGUGACACAAGUGCAGUACUAGAGAGAAAUUGCCAAAGGAUAGAACGGUGUACCUAGAAAGGACAAUCCCAUUGCCAUGAUGAUUUGAAGGAUAUGGCCAUGCCUUCUGGGCCAUGUGUAUGUGUUUGUAUGUGGGAGUCUUUUUGCAUAAGAGGCUGCUUAUCAGAAUGCUCUGUUGCCUCACUAACUUUCACACAAUUUCCCUUUGCAAUGUCUAUACAGGACAGAUGUCACAAAGGAAAUUGUGCCUCCCCAUCCUUCAGGCAAUGUCCCCUUGAAGCUCUCAAGCAUAAUGUUGCUUUCCCUUUCAGUAAAAUUACUCAAAGAGGAGGAGCAACGGCAUGCCAAAAAACAAUUGAGAGAAGCUGUGGGAAUGUGGAACUGAGCUGGCAUGGACUAUUCUCUUGGACUAGGAACAAUAAACAUAUGUUGUUAUGUUAGAAACAACCAACAAAUAUUAA